AGAAGGAAAUCACACAUGGUAACAAGCUCUCUUCUACUCUUUGCAAAAAAAUAACAGAUACACAAAGUCUACUUUUCGUCAACUCAACAAGGAAUAAACACUCAGAAAUGGCGUCCUCCAGCAGUCUCCUGUCUGAAGAUCAGUUCCAGUGCUCCAUCUGUCGGGAUGUGUUCACUGAGCCAGUCUCCAUUCCAUGUGGACACAACUUCUGCAAGGCCUGUAUCAGCGGAUACUGGGAUACCACUAGCCUGUGCCAGUGUCCAAUGUGUAAGCAUAAUUUCUACAUAAGACCAGAGCUAAAGACCAACACGACACUCAGAGAUGUCGCAGAUCAUUUUAAGAGGAAGAGAGUCAGAGACGAAUCUCUUCACAGGGCUGGGAAAGGGGUCUGUGACUUCUACAUGGAGAACCUGGAGGACAGAAUCAUGUGUAAGAAACACAACACACUCCUUGAGCUGUUUUGUAGAACUGACCAGAUGUGUGUUUGUCAGUUCUGUACUGAGACAGACCACAAGACUCACCACAUCGUCCAUCUAGAGGAAGAGUGUGGAGAGAGGAAGGCUCAGCUGGGGAAGAUGGAUGCACAAGUGCAGCAGAUGAUCCAGGAGCGAAUGCAAAAGGGUUGGGAGAUCAAACACUUAGUAGAGCUCAACAAGAGAGACGCAGAGAGAGAGAUAACAGACAGCAUGCAGGUCUUCACUGAUCUGGUGCGCUCCAUUGAGAGAAGCCAGGCUGAGCUCAUUGAGGUGGUUGAGGAGAAGCAGGAAGCAGCAGAGACGCGGGCUGAAGGGUUCAUUAAAGAGCUGGAGCAGGAAAUUAAUGAGCUACUGAGGAGAAGCACUGAGCUGAAGCAUCUCUCACACACUGAGGAUCACCUUCAACUCCUCCAAAGCUCCCUAUCCCUAUGUACCCCUCCAAAUGCCAAGAACUGGUCUGAGAUCAGUAUUCACACUGAGCUGAUGAAUGUGAUGAGAGUUUUGAGGAGCUCUGUGUCGGAGAUGGAGGAGAAGACGAGGAAAGCAUUUUCUGAGCUUAUGGAAAAAUGCAAUAAAGCAAUGGAGAAGUUUCCUGACAAGCUGAAGAUUCCUGACAAGCUGAAGAUUCCUGACAAUCUGAAGAGUGUGCAGCAAUAUGCCGUGGAUGUGACUCUGGACCCUGAUACAGCAAAUCCCUUUCUCGGCCUGUCUGCGGAUGGGAAACAAGUGAGUAUUGGACAGACAUGGAACUAUCGCCCUGAAAACCCAAAGAGGUUUGUUAGUCGAUGUAUCCUGGGAAAGGAGGGCUUCUCCUCGGGGAGAUUCUACUAUGAGGUGCAGGUGAAGGGGAGGAAUUGCUGGGAGUUAGGAGUGGCCAGAGAGUCCAUUGAUAGGUCCAUUGAGAGGACACCCUUAGAGGUUUUGUUAGAUUCAGGGCUUCCACUGACCCCUGAGGGUGGAUUCUGGACAAUGGGACAGAAAUAUAAAAGGUAUGGGAUUACCUAUAAGGCCAACACCUCUCCUUCUGUAACCCUCACCUUGGAGACGCCCCAGAAGGUGGGGGUGUUUGUGGAUUAUGAGGAGGGUCAGGUGUCAUUCUACAAUGUGGAGACCAAAGCUCAUAUCUUCUCUUUCACUGGCUGCAACUUCACUGAGAAACUCUAUCCAUUCUUUGACUGUGGGUUUUAUGAUAAUAACGAUCCGGCAUUGAUCAUCUCCCCUGUCAGUCAUACAGACUGAAUUAGGGCACACUAAAGUGACAGGGCACAAUACUAAGGCUGGGAUUCAAUAUGUAACCUCGCUAUAGUGCGCUUGACAUUUAAAGGUCCUUCCCAAUGGACUACUCCACGUCUGUAGUUUUUACCUUGAAUGCGAACUCCAUGAACGCGGUAACAUUGCCUUUAAAAGCCACAUUGUCGAAUAGAGCCAUCUUAUUGAAUCCCAGCCGUAAUACAUUUUUCUGCCUAAUAGUAGCCCUGCCACUCGGUUUGCUAAAGCUGAGGGAUGGCCUGGAGAAAUGUAACCACUCUCAAAUUCAUAGAUUGACUGACAGUUCAUAAGAUCGCAAUUAUAGUAUUCAACUUAUUUUGAAGCUGAGCAUUGUUUGUUGACAAAUAUAUUGUUUACAAACAGUGGAGUAUUGACAUCAGGGCUUGGUCACACUUUAUUUGGAUAGUCCCACCAGAUGAUCUACAGAUGGUUAUACUAUCAACAAACUAUAUGUUGAUAAGCAACAGCUUGCUAAGGUUACUGUUAAGGUUAGGUUUAGAAUAAGGGUUGGGGUUAGGGUUUGGAUAAGGGUUAAGGUUAGAGUUAGGGCUAGGGCUAGGGUUGGGAUUAGUGGUUAGUUAGUUUAAAUGUUGUCCCAUCUACUUGGGACUAUCCAAAUAAAGUGUUGCCUGCAGCUUUUAAAAGCAAUGUUCCCGCGUUCUCAGAGAUCACAUCUGGUAUGUGUGCGUAUCUCUGCGUAUGUCGGCUCAAUCGGAAGUUGCCUUUAUUGCCAACAGAUUGUCAACAACCCGUGAUCGGAUUGAAUGCUGGACCAUGAGGGUGAUUGUUGAAGUUGGUUGAUUUAACUGGUUGAAUUAUAGGUCCCAAUCAUGAAAUCUACCUUCCAAAAUCAACUUCAAGACUAAGACAGACUAGGACAACUCAAUCGUUGAAUCAUCAAAAAUCAAGUAUCUUAAUCACAGAGGACAUCUCCCCAUGAUAUGAUUGAAAUAUUUGAAUUUACAGAGAAGUGGAGGAUUUGUUACAUAUUUUCUGGUGUUAUCACAUAGUGGCUAAUAUUUGGAAAAGAGUACAAGAAGGGUUAGUCCCUGUUUUACAUGAUUUUGUUAUCUCGCCACAAACAGAGAUAUUGGGAGACUUAAGGGACAGAUGCAACACUCUAUACAAUGUUUUGAUUCUGCUGUGGGAAGGUUUUCAUUUUUAAAACUCUGAAAACUAAUAUGCUAUUGGAUUCUUUCAAAAAUAACUGUCAAACACUACUAAACUCAGCAAAAAAAGAAACUCACUGUCCUCUCACUGUCAACUGCGUUUAUUUUCAGCAAACUUAACAUAUGUUCAUACAAAUAUUUACACAACAAGAUUCAACAACUGAGACAUAAACUGAACAAGUUCCACAGACAUGUGACUAACAGAAAUUGAAUAAUGUGUCCCUGAACGAGGGCGGAGGGGUGUCGAAAUCAAAAGUAAACAGUCAGUAUCUGGUGUGGCCACCAGCUGCAUUAAGUACUGCAGUGCAUCUCCUCCUCAUGGACUGCAGCAGAUUUGCCAGUUCUUGCUGUGAGAUGUUAUCCCACUCUUCCACCAAGGCACCUGCAAGUUCCCGGACAUUUCUGGGGGGGAAUGGCCCUAGGCCUCACUCUCCGAUCCAACAGGUCAUGAGCCUGCAGGAAGGGCACCACAUGAGGGAGGAGGAUGUCUUCCCUGUAACACACAGCGUUGAGAUUGCCUGCAAUGACAACAUGCUCAGUCUGAUGAUGCUGUGACACACCACCCCAGACCAUGAGGGACCCUCCAACUCCAAAUCGCUCCCGCUCCAGAGUGCAGGCCUCGGUGUAAUGCUUAUUCUUUCGACGAUAAACGAGAAUCUGACCAUCCCCUCUCGAAUCUGACCAUCACCCCUGAGACAAAACCGUGACUCGUCAGCGAAGAGCACGUUUUGCCAGUCCUGUCUGGUCCAGCGAUGGUGGGUUUGUGCCCAUAGGCGAGGUUGUUGCCGGUGAUGUCUGGUGAGGACCUCAGUCCAGCCCCUCUCAGCCUAUUGCGGACAGUCUGAGCGCUGACAGAGGGAUAGCGCAUUCCUGGUGUAACUCGGGCAAUUGUUGUUGACAUCCUGUACCUGUCCCGCAGGCUUGAUGUUCGGAUGUACCGAUCCUAUGCAGGUGUUGUUACACGUGGUCUGCCAUUGCGAGGACGGUCAGCUGUUCGUCCUGUCUCCCUGUAGCGCUGUUUUAGGCGUCCCACAGUACGGACAUUGCAAUUUAUUGCCCUGGCCACAUCUGCAGUCCUCAUGCCUCCUUGCAGCAUGCCUAUAGCACGUUCACGCAGAUGAGCAGGGACCCUGGGCAUCUUUGUUUUGUUGUUUUUCAGAGUCAGUAGAAAUGCCUCGUUAAUGUCCUAAGUUUUCAUAACUGUGACCUUAAUUGCCUACCGUCUGUAAGCUGUUAGUGUCUUAAUGACCAUUCCACAGGUGCAUGUUCAUUAAUUGUUUAUGGUUCAUUGAACAAAAAAAGGAAACAGUGUUUAAACCCUUUACAAUGAAGAUCUGUGAAGUUAUUUGGAUUUUUACGAAAUAUCUUUGAAAGACAGGGUCCUGAAAAAGGGACGUUUCUUUUUUUGCUGAGUUUAUAAACUAAAAGGAUUGACACAUGGGACCAAAUAAUACAUCAAGAGGCAUCAUAGACAAAGGAAAGGUUGCAAGUUUAAAAAAUUCCUGAAGGCCAGUCAUAUGGCAAUUCUAUUUGUUGUUUUUUCUGUUGAGAUAAUGCUCAAAAAAAUAAAGGGAACACUAAAAUAACACAUCCUAGAUCUGAAUGAAUGAAAUAUUCUUAUUAAAUACUUUUUUCUUUAUAUAGUUGAAUGUGCUGACAACAAAAUCACACAACAAUUAUUAAUGGAAAUCAAAUGUAUCAACCCAUGGAGGUCUGGAUUUGGAGUCACACUCAAAAUUAAAGUGGAAAACCACACUACAAGCUCAUCCAACUUUGAUGUAAUGUCCUUAAAACAAGUCAAAAUGAGGCUCAGUAGUGUGUGUGGCCUCCACGUGCCUGUAUGACCUCCCUACAAUGCCUGGGCAUGCUCCUGAUGAGGUGGAGGAUGGUCUCCUGAGGGAUCUCCUCCCAGACCUGGACUAAAGCAUCCACCAACUCCUGGACAGUCUGUGGUGCAACAUGGCGUUGGUGGAUGGAGCGCGACGUGAUGUCCCAGAUGUGCUCAAUUGGAUUCAGGUCUGGGGAACGGGCGGGCCAGUCCAUAGCAUCAAUGCCUUCCUCUUGCAGGAACUGCUGACACACUCCAGCCACAUGAGGUCUAGCAUUGUCUUGCAUUAGGAGGAACCCAGGGCCAACCGCAUCAGCAUAUGGUCUCACAAGGGGUCUGAGGAUCUCAUCUCGGUACCUAAUGGCAGUCAGGCUACCUCUGGCGAGCACAUGGAGGGCUGUGCGGCCCCCCAAAGAAAUGCCACCCCACACCAUGACUGACCCACCGCCAAACCGGUCAUGCUGGGGGAUGUUGUAGGCAGCAGAACGUUCUCCACGGCGUCUCCAGACUCUGUCACGUCUGUCACAUGUGCUCAGUGUGAACCUGCUUUCAUCUGUGAAGAGCACAGGGCGCCAGUGGUGAAUUUGCCAAUCUUGGUGUUCUCUGGCAAAUGCCAAACGUCCUGCACGGUGUUGGGCUGUAAGCACAACCCCCACCUGUGGACGUUGGGCCCUCAUAAAAACCUCAUCGAGUCUGUUUCUGACCGUUUGAGCAGACACAUGCACAUUUGUGGCUGGCUGGAGGUCAUUUUGCAGGGCACUGGCAGUGCUCCUCCUGCUCCUCCUUGCACAAAGGCGGAGGUAGUGGUCCUGCUGCUGGGUUGUUGCCCUCCUACGGCCUCCUCCACGUCUCCUGAUGUACUGGCCUGUCUCCUGGUAGCGCCUCCAUGCUCUGGACACUACGCUGACAGACACAGCAAACCUUCUUGCCACAGCUGGCAUUGAUGUGCCAUCCUGGAUGAGCUGCACUACCUGAGCCACUUGUGUGGGUUGUAGACUCCGUCUCAUGCUACCACUAGAGUGAAAGCACCGCCAGCAUUCAAAAGUGAUCAAAACAUCAGCCAGGAAGCAUAGGAACUGAGAAGUGGUCUGUGGUCUCCACCUGCAGAACCACUCCUUUAUUGGGGGUGUCUUGCUAAUUGCCUAUAAUUUCCAACCUGUUGUCUAUUCCAUUUGCACAACAGCAUGUGAAAUUUAUUGUCAAUCAGUGUUGCUUCCUAAGUGAACAGUUUGAUUUCACAGAAGUGUGAUUGACUUGGAGUUACAUUGUGUUGUUUAAGUGUUCCCUUUAUUUUUUUGAGCAGUGUAUUUAUUAUUGAUGUUUUUCUGUAUGUUUUUUCUGUUUAUGUCUUUUUGUAGUUUGUUAGGGUAAUAGUUUUUUUUUCCUGUGUGGGUGUGUUUUGUUGUUAGGGUGUUGGUUUGCUUUCUUUGUCUACCAGACCAUGGAUAGUGGGUUGAAGGGGUUGGAAGUUCUGUGGGAGGUGUGGAGAGUAAUCUGGGGGACCAUGAACCUUAAGGUCCCACUUGGGAUGGUUAUUUGUAAGGAAAGAAAGACCCUCAAAGACCCUUGUAAAACAUAUUUAAUCUUUGCAAAAAAUAAAAUAAAGAAUAGUUUAGUCCCCCAAACAUGGGGGUUGGUGGUGGGCUAUUAAUGAAAUAUUAUAUAAUAAAAUAAUAAUUACAGAGAAAUCUAAAGUGAGUUUCUCCAUCUCCACCUAUGAAAUAGCAAGACCAUGUGGCAUAAUAAAAUAGGUCAACAACUUGCAGAUGGAAGCUGUUUAGUACUGAAUCCUAUGAACAAGAGCUCUUGAUAUAUUCACAGUAAUAAAAUGAACAUAUGCUA